CGUAAACUGACAGCAUUGCUUUAACUGCGAGGUUCUGCUGCACGACCAAACAUCAAGUGUCCUUCAACGACCAAACAUGGCUGCUAUAGCAAACCCAAACUCGCUUACUCCUCUUCAUUCUCCUUCUCAUCGCAAAGACUAUCCUCUCAUUUAUUGUUCUGUACUACCCAGCUUUAGAGAUUCUCGUUCAUCUAAGCUUAAUGUCACCCUGAAACGCUCGAGAAACGCUUCAAUUCUUCCUGUAGUCAGAGCCCAAAGUUCUCCUGAUUAUACCCCCGAUUCAAAAUUUUAUAAAGUGGAAGCCAUUCUCAGGCCCUGGCGAAUCCAGCAGGUUUCGUCGGCUCUUCUGAAAAUGGGUAUUCGUGGUGUUACGGUUUCUGAUGUUCGAGGCUUUGGUGCUCAGGGGGGUUCAACAGAGAGACAUGGUGGUUCUGAAUUUUCUGAAGAUAAGUUUGUUUCUAAGGUCAAGAUGGAGAUUGUGGUGUGCAAGGACCAGGUCGAAGCCGUAAUAGAUAAGAUAAUUGAGGAAGCAAGAACUGGAGAGAUUGGUGAUGGCAAGAUUUUUUUGGUCCCUGUCUCGGAUGUUAUAAGAGUUCGCACAGGUGAGCGUGGAGAGAAAGCGGAGAGAAUGACAGGAGGACGUGCUGAUAUGUCAGCCACUGCAUUGAGCUAAGUUGCAAUAUCAGUGCUGCUGAUUAUCAUCAAGACCUUUGUUGCAGAUCCUGCUUUAAGCACAGUGGCUGCUGCCUGUUGCAGACAUUGAAGCUUAUGACACUGCCAUUGUUCUAUGUAAUAUCAGAUGAUGAAUAAAAUUAAUUAAGGGAAAAGACUAGUUAUGUGGUUUUCCAUGUUAUCGCAAAUCCAAUAAUAAAAAGAAUUGAAUAAUCGAGAAGCUUAUGCUUUUUCAGAUU